AUGUCUUUUUUCUCAUGUUAUUCACAUAAUUUAUCUCAAUUUACGCGAGUAAGACCUGUCACCGUCCGAGAGCAGGCAAUGCCUCCUGGUCAGGUCUGCACCCACCUGUUCGGCAGACUUCGCCAGGCAACCCGCCCAGUUGCCGGGGCCUCGAAAGCCGACAAUUUCACGCACCAACAACAGCAACAGCAACAACAAUUCAAUUUAACCAGUUGUCGGCCGUCCACCAAGGCUGCCUGUUGUUAUGGCGACGAAUUCGCAAGCGUUCAUGUGCAUAUGCGAGCGACGGUGGUGGUCCUUUUCCGAUAUCCGAGACCGUUGCAGAGGCGGUUGCUAUCGGCUUGGUCUUGCGGAGCGUGUUGUGAAGUGUUGAAGGCCCAAGUGCCUGGAGCCGCAAUGACGGACUCUGCUCAAACCUCGGCAAAGCAGGACUGGCGCUCCAAACCCACCAUUUGGUGGGACAAAUACGACUUUACAAACGCGCCCGUUUGCGUGAUUGAUGUGUUAUUACAUUGA